UAAUUUAUUAAAUAUUAAUUAUCACUAGUCUAGAUCUAGAACUAUUCUAGUUCUAGAGCUAGAUUCUAGAUCUAAGUCUCCUUAAAUUGAAUUUCUCAAUAUGAAUCUUACACCUGAUAGACAAGGCUAUCUUGGAGAUUUAAUGAAAAAAACUGUUCCAGAAUUACAAGAAUUACUUGACAGAUUAAAUAAAAUUUUAUCAAAAAGGCACUUUUUGGAGAGUUUACCAGAUAAAGGAGAAAAGACAAGGAAAUCGGUUGAACAUAUUAAACAAGUAAUAGAUUUAAAACAGAGAAAUUCUUCCCAAAAAAACCGUUUGUUAGAACCUGUUGUAGAAUGCAAAGGAUAUGUGCCUUUUGAUUUGAAAGUGAAUAAAGAUCACACUGAGUCUUGUAUGGAAGCAAAAUUGCCUAUAUUAGAUUUUUACAAUGAAGAAAAGGAAAACCAUGCAGAUAUUGAGAAGGUGGAAAAUCUUAUUUCAAAAUUACAUGAUGAUAAAUUGAUCACCUCAGGAAAUUUUGAUUUAACUACAAACCUUCAGAAUUUAUCACUUGGCGGUGAUAAUGUUAAAAAACCCAAUCCAGCUCAGCAUGUCAAUAAUUAUGAAAAGAUCAUAAGGAAAACUGAUGUGAUGCCUGCUAAACCAAAAUUUUUACCCAACAGAACACUAAAAAGUCAUGAGAUCCCACCUCCACCAUCUAGUUACACACACAAAGUAACUAAGACUGUUCAUAAAGAAGAAUCAGCUGCCACUCCGCCUGACUAUAAAUAUAAAGAAACAAAGCUUAUAUCUGUUGAGGAAUCAGUGAUAUUGAUAGAAGAACAGAGGGCCAAAAAUGAGGUUUUGGCUGCAGAAUGGGCUGCUAAAAGAUUAGCAGAUCAGUUGUUACCAAAGAUGACUUCGUAUAUGCCUUCAAAAGUAGAUAUGCAAUACAGAGAAACAAGGGAGAUGCAGUUACAUGAAGAAAAAGACAGUGACGAUGAUAGUGACAAUGAAGACGAAUAAAUGUUUUCCAUAUUUAUUCUGUUGACUGAAAAAUACAAUCCUAUUUUUGUAAAUUUUUUCCACACAAUGAAAUAAACAUAAAUUUGUCUUGA